AUGAGGAAGGCUAAAGGGUUGGUGUAUUCGUCGUCGGACAGUGACGACGAUUUAAUAGCUGAGACUUGUUCCGGCGAUAGGAAAAGGGGGUAUACUAAGAGCCCGGUUGGCGAUGGAAAGGGGAACGCUUCUUCUCCUUCUUCUCCACCUGCCAAGGGUAAGCCACCGAAAAAGGCGGCUUCUCAUAUGGUAGGAUUGGAGGAGGCGGAGGGAGAGUUGCGGCGUCUGAACGCCCGCUCUCGCCUUAAAGAGAGACUAGGAGUGAGUGCGGGGAAUCUCUCAGAUUGUGGGGCCCCCGCCAGUGUAGCGAGAUCAUCCGGGGAGGAAGAGCUGGACGAUGCUGUCCUGCUUGCCAUCCCCGAGAUAAAGGAGCGGACGGCUAUGCGGGUUCGUCGCAUCAUUGAAAUUGCGGCGAAGUCGGGUAACCUCAAGGGUGUGUUUGUCCGCGACCUUAAGGUUGCAGCCAAGGAGGUGAGCGAGAUCGUGGAGGAUCUCGCCGACAGAUGCCUCAGGGGGGAUGAGGAUGGGCGCCUCCAGAGAGACAACAUUCGCCUGAGGGCCCAGGUAAAAGACCUGGGUCUGGAGCUUGCGGCCCUUAGGAAGGAAUUUAAUGAGCGCACUGCGCACUUUGCGCAGUUAAAGGGAAACCCCGUCUCGGGGGAGAGUCCCUUCACUCCGGAUGCCCUCCGUCAAAUGAUGGAGGGGCUUUUAGACGGGGGAAAGAGAGCCCCUAAGGGUCUCGCAGGGGGCGUGGCCCAUGGGGCCUCAGAUGGUUUAGGGCCUUUGGGCCCCGGAGGAAAUGCACCGGGAGUUUCAGAAAAUAAUGGAGGGGUCUCUUCAGAGGCGCCUCCAGUAAGUGGAAACUGGGCGACAGUGGCCGGCAAAAAGGGGAAAAAGAGCAAGGGGAUGAAGUCGGGCAGUCUUCCCGCUGCACCGGUUCUUUCGGCUAAGGGUGAUGCAGGUCCUCCGGCGGAGCAGUCGGCGGCUGAGAAGAGACCGGUUGGGGUGCGGUCUUCCCUUGCCCCGCCGACAACUGCUGCAGUGGUUAUCACACUGCUGCAGGGGGCGGUGGAGCGGGGGUCACCUACGCUGUUGCUUUGUCCAAGGCCAGGCAGGCUAUCAGUCUGUCUGACUUGGGCAUUGAGCGUGUUGGCAUCCGGGUGA